AUGCAGUUCACAUCCUUCCUCAUCGCUGCCGGCCUCGUCGCUGCCGUAGCCGCCUCCCCAGCCGCAAAUGCGCAUGCUCUUGCUGCCGAGCGUUUGGCAAACCACCCUCACGCAGAGUAUCUGGCUAUGGAGAAGAGGGUGGCCCAGAAUAAUGGUGCUCCCAAGAAGGACCUCAGUUUCGCCUGUGGUCUUUGUUUGGCGGGUUGCAGUGAAGAACUUUGCGAUUGCUGCACCACCACUGGCGUGUGCUACGAGCGCGGUGAAUGCCAGUAG